GAAAUUAUAAACAGUUUAAUACAUGUGAAAACUCUGACUUUUAUGCCUUUUUCCUUUUAAUUCUAGUCUUUUGCAUGAAGAUGUGUCCAUAAAAAUUUAUCAUUUUAUUUUACCAAAAGUGUAAUUCCUCUCCGCUCCGGUAGGUGUCGCUGUCUGAGUGGAACAAACCGGAAACUCGGCGGAAUCUGUCGGUUAGCAACAAUUGCAUCAACAGCCGGGUGCAGAGACAGCUGUUAUCCUGAAAACACCACAAACACCGUUUAAUUCCACUUCUUGUAGAACCGAACCGACAUGCGAACCGAGCCUCGUCGAUUUGCUCGAUGAGAUUCCGUGACUAGGCGCGCGGACAGGACGCUGCCGUCCGGUUCGUAUUUACCGAAGCAAGGCGGACCGAGUUGAAUCCGGUGCUGAGUUUAAUGUCAGAGGCAUGAAUCAUCGGAGUGAGAGCGGAGAGCAUCCUGGAGCCGAGCUAACGGGCUAACCGCGGGCAAACUACAGGCUAACAAGCUAAUUACGUGCUAACGGUCAGGAUGUGGAGGCUUAUAUGAACUUUAUUAACAGCUGAACCCAGCGACAAUAACAGAGACGCAUCAUGGACUCCCUGCUGGACUUUGAGGAGUGCAUCAAAGACUCUCCGGACUUCAGACUGACUCUGGAUCAGUUCGAGGCCGACGUUUCUCUGAUGGAGACUCAACUAGACAAGGUGAUGAAGCUGUGCAGGAAGAUGGUGGAGGCGGGGCAAACGUACAACUCAGCCAACCAGCUGUUCCUGAGCGGCCUGACCGAGCUCUUCACGUACCACAAGAAGGACGCCAUCAUCACGACCUGCCUGAACCAGUUUAACCAGGGCCUGGAGGAGAUGCUCAGCUUCCACACUAUGUUGUUGGAUCAGACUCAGAGAGCCAUCAACCAGCAGCUCAGCAACCUCUGCACACAGUUCCUGCCUCAGCUGGCGGAGACCAGGAAGGAGUUUCUUCGGAUCGGUGAGGAUCUGGAGACGGCCGCGGUGAAGAACGCUCAGGUGUCUCGUCACAAAGCCGCCGACGGCGAGCAGGCGAGUCACCUGCUGCUGGCGACGCGUAAAUGCCACCAGCACUUCGCCCUGGACUACUGCCUGCAGCUCAACACCUUCAGAACGCAGCAGAAAAUCGACGUCUUAAACUCGGUGUUUUCCUUCGUCCACGCUCAGUUCACCUUCUUCCACCAAGGCUUCGACCUGCUCAGAGACCUGGAGCCCACCAUGAAGACGAUGGCGGCGCAGCUGUCGCAGCUGUCGGCCGACUGUGCAGCUAAAAGGAAAGAGCUGGAGAACAAACACCUGCUGGUGCAGCAGAGAGAUGCUUCAGGUGAGCCGAUGGUCAGCCCAAGUCCUGAGAGUGCCGACAUCAUCCAGGGUUACCUGUUCAAACGUUCCAGGAGGAAAUCCAAAACCUGGAAAAGAUGCUGGUUCACCCUCCGAGACAACCAGCUGACCUACAGGAAGUCACACAAGGAGGUGGCGGCGGUUCUGUUUGAGGACCUCCGGCUGUGCGCCGUCAAACCUCUGGAACAUGUCGACCGCCGGUUCUGCUUUGAGCUGCUCUCCGUCCAGAAGUGCUGUGCUCUGCAGGCCGACUCGGAGCAGCUGAAGCAGGCCUGGCUCAGCGCCCUGCAGGGCAGCAUCGACCUCGCCUACAGAGAGAGAACCGACCCUCAGAUCACACAGGUGAAAGAGCCGCCCCCCCUGCAGCCGGGCGGUGACGCUUCACCUCGGCCCUCCGCUCAGAGGCCGGCGGUGCUGGCCGCGGCCCUCGGGGGCCCCGGGAACCAGCAGUGCUGCGACUGUGGGGAGGAGGAGCCUCGCUGGGCCUCCGUCAAUCUGGGAGUCACCAUGUGCAUCGAAUGCUCGGGUAUCCACAGGAGCCUCGGCGUGCACGUGUCCAAGGUGCGCUCUCUCACUCUGGACUCCUGGGAGGCCGAACAGCUGAAGCUGCUGUGUGUUCUGGGAAACGAUGUCAUGAACCGGAUCUAUGAGGCGCGGUGUUCAGAGGAGGGCGGGGCCAAACCCCAAGCCGACAGCCCACGAUCAGAGAAGGAGACGUGGAUCAAAGACAAAUACGUGGAGAAGAGGUUCGUGCAGCGCAGCAGCUCACAUGGAGCUCAUAAAUCCAACGAGUCUAGGAGAAACGAGGCAGGGCUGCGUCUGUAUCGGGCUUCUGUGGCAGGAGACCUUGUUGCCAUGGCGACGGCGCUGGCCCAGGGGGCGGAGGUAAACGGGAGCAUCGGCGAGGAGGAGGGACGGACGGCGCUGAUCGGAGCCGCCGUCGGGGGGUCGCUGUCGGCCUGCGAGUUCCUGCUGCAGAAUGGCGCCAACGUCAACCACCGAGACCUGAGGGGACAGGGAGCGCUGCACGCCGCCGCCACCGCCGGACACACCGGACAGGUGUGUCUCCUGCUGAGGAGAGGAGCCAACCAGUACGCUGUGGAUGAGAGAGGUCACGACCCACUGGCCAUCGCCGUGGAAACGGCCCACGCUGACAUCGUUACGCUGCUGCGGAUGGCCCGGAUGAACGAGGAGAUGCGGGACUCGGACGGGAUCUUCGGCGCCGCAGGAGACGAUGAGACGUUUCAGGACAUCUUCAGAGACUUCAGCGACAUGGCGUCACAUGACCCGGAGAAGCUCAGCAGACGAGGUUUCAGCCGGGGAGGCAAUGAGGAGGAGGAUGAAGAGGAGGGAGGAAGAGGAGGAGGGAUUCUGAACAGUGUUGAAAAGACGUCUGAAUGAAAGAAACGAGAUGGGGUUACCAUAGUAACGGGUAGGAUGGACAGGUGUUAACUAAGAAGAGGCGAGCGGAUUGGACCAGAGGGACAGUUUGUCUUCUUGGAUUAAAGGGAUGUGUCACGCUGUUUCCUGUCCCCAGAAACACGUUCAGAUGAAGCAGCUUCCUGACAAACGGAUCCGGUUUUUCCUUCGUUCUUCCUGCUGCAGCAUCACUUCAAACCGGUUUGUACCGGUUUAAUCGUCCCAGCAUCAGUCCGCUGGUUCGCAGCGAGGCGUCCACUCCGUACAUACUAACGCACAGAUUUAACCCUUAAAACUCCAGGACUGCCUGUUUAUUUUAAUCUAAACCAGUCUGUAGCAGCUAUUAAUCCCAGUAUAAACCAGUCUGUAGCAGCUAUUAAUCCCAGUAUAAACCAGUCUGUA